AGACGGGCGGCUUACGCAGCUGCCGGCGAGCCGCCGACUGGCUGGUCCUCUCCAUCCACCUCACCCUCCCUUCCCCUCCCUCCCGGCAGCCCCAGCCCCGGCGAGCACCCAGCUAGCCGCCUCCAGCAGGGGCUCCGGAGAGCAGUUCGGCGGCCUGGGCAGGGCAGCCGAAGCCAUGGAAGCCUCCGCAGGUUGCUGAUCUGGGCCAGGCAGCUGCAGCAGCAACUGCAGAGGCGCUGCGCCAAGCGGGGCCGGAGUGGUGAGCGCCGGCGGCGGGGCUGCGGAGGGCGAGUGGACUCAGCCCCGGGGACACCGCCCAUCCCACCCCUCACCCGGACCCGCAGCCUCAUGGCCAUGUCCCUGCCAGGCAGUAGACGGGCCUCUGCUGGAUCCCGCAGGCGCACCUCUCCACCCGUGAGCAUGCGGGACGCCUACGGCACCUCUUCUCUCAGCAGCAGCAGCAACUCGGGCUCCUGCAAGGGCAGUGACAGCAGCCCCACGCCCAGGCGCUCCAUGAAGUACACGCUGUGCAGCGACAACCAUGGCAUCAAGCCCCCCCCGGAGCAGUACCUGACCCCCCUGCAGCAGAAGGAGGUGUGCAUCCGGCACCUGAAGGCCCGGCUGAAGGACACGCAGGACCGGCUCCAGGACCGGGACACCGAGAUCGACGACCUGAAGACACAGCUGUCGCGCAUGCAGGAGGACUGGAUCGAGGAGGAGUGCCACCGCGUGGAGGCCCAGCUGGCCCUGAAGGAGGCCCGCAAGGAGAUCAAGCAGCUCAAGCAGGUCAUCGACACCGUCAAGAACAACCUGAUCGACAAGGACAAGGGGCUGCAGAAGUACUUCGUGGACAUCAACAUCCAGAACAAGAAGCUGGAGACGCUGCUGCACAGCAUGGAGGUGGCCCAGAACGGCCUAGCCAAGGAGGACGGCGCCGCCGAGUCGGCCGGCGGCUCCCCCGCCCGCUCCCUCACCCGCAGCUCCACCUACACCAAGCUGAGCGACCCCGCCGUCUGUGGGGACCGCCCGCCCGGCGCCUCGGCGGAGGACGGGGUUGACAGCGGCUUCGCGGCGACCGAUGACACUCUGAGCCGGACGGACGCGCUGGAGGCCAGCAGCCUGCUGUCAUCGGGGGUGGACUGCGGCCCCGAGGAGCCCUCCUCACUGCACAGCUCCUUCAGCCUGGGCCCCCGCUUCCCCGCCAGCAACACCUACGAGAAGCUGCUGUGUGGCACGGAGGCCGGCGUGCAGGCCAGCUGCGUGCAGGAGCGCGCCAUCCAGACGGACUUCGUGCAGUACCAGCCCGACCUGGACACCAUCCUGGAGAAAGUGACCCAGGCCCAGGUCUGCGGGAUGGCCCCUGAGUCAGGGGACUGGCACCUGGAGCCAGACCCCCAGCCCCCGGGGCCCAGAGACCCCAACUCUGCCGUGGUGCUGACAAUGGGUGAUGAGCUCGAGGCCCCAGAGCCUAUCACCCAAGGGCCCACCCUGCACCCCCCUGGCUCCAGUCCCAACCCCGGGCCGUCGGUGAGCGUGGUGUGCCCCGUGGAAGAGGAGGAGGAGGCGGCCGCAGCGGAGAAGGAGCCCAAGAGCUACUGGAGCCGCCACUACAUCGUGGAUCUGCUGGCAGUGGUGGUGCCGGCCGUGCCCACGGUGGCCUGGCUCUGCCGCUCGCAGCGGCGCCAGGGCCAGCCCAUCUACAACAUCAGCUCCCUGCUGCGGGGCUGCUGCACCGUGGCCUUGCACUCCAUCCGCAGGAUCAGCUGCCGCUCGCUGAGCCAGCAGGGCCAGAGCACCAGCGCGGCAGGCGGCAGCUCCCAGCUCUGAGCGGGCCCCACCGGGGCUCCAGAGAUCUGACUGCCGAUUGUAGGGCUGCCGUCCUCCUUCUCGCACAUUCCCUGGGACAUCAUCUUAUUUGUUUAGUUUUGGGGUUCAGAAGUGGUUUUUUCAGGAUGAUAAUAGUGUCAGGAGCUGGGGGCGGGGCUUGGGGGAAGGCGCCCCAAAACUUCAGCAGGAGAGAAGGGAAGAGAGACCAAGGGCAGGGAGGCACGUGAUCGGACCCAUUGCAAGGAGAGGGGGUGGGGUCCCCAGCACGGCCCCCCCUGCCACCCCCAGGCCCUCACACAGGGCAGCCCCUGCUCAGGAAGUCUCUGGUGUGUUGAUCUGGGGAGGCAGGCCUCUUCCGCUGAGCCUCGCAUCCCUCACCCCCAUGUCUGUCCAGUUCCCGGUUCACCCUAAGCCUUUGCUCCCAGCCACCCUUUGCCCUCAGCCCAGGCUUCUGGGCCAAUGUUAUCUGCUCAGAUGCAGGCAGCUGCGACCCAAAGUACAGGCAACUGACCGGGACUCCGAGCAGGGUCAGGAACCACUUGGCUCCCACCUGAGCUCCAGCCUCUCCAGGCUGCUCCCCACUUUGGGAUUCGGGAGCACAGUCAAGGCCAUGGGCUGGAGGAGAGAUGGUGAUGGGCAACUGGAGGCAGAAGGCCGUGUGGUUCUGUGUCGGUCUGUUCAGCCCAGACCUUCCCCCACAUCUGUUUUCCUCUUGGCGCUUCUGGAUGUGUCAGAUACUUCUUCUGGGAGAGCCAGACAGGCGAGUGCCGGGGUGUGAAUGCUGGCCUGAGCCCCAGCUCCUGUCUGGAGACUGCCAGCAUGGAAGGAGAGGCGGGGGCUGGCAGCUCCAGGGGGCUCCUCUAGCCUUCUGAGCAGAGGCCCUGCAGCCUGGGAGGCAGGGCUGGACUCGGCAAGGCCCAGCUGGUUUCCCUGCCCCUGGAGCUUGCCCGAGUCUCUCUGGGGACCUUAGGAUCAGCUUCUGCUUUGCACUAUGUUCACUUUGAGGCUUGGUUCUCAUGCAUCCCAGGAUCUCCGGGGAGGUGGCUGCUUGCUUUCUAGAAUGAGGGUUCCUAAAUCUUACACCUGUCUGCCUCUGCAGGGGCAGUUCCAGCAGGAUGAAUGGCAAGAUGAGGUACUGAAGCCAUGACGUCCAUCCAGGCCAAAGCAGGGGGCCCUGGGAUGCUUCUUAAGCAGGUGUAGAAUGGGGCUCCCACCCAAGCCCAGUCAGCCUGGGAGGGUUCACUGGCCCCCCUCCUUCCCUGGGACCACAUCAGGGACCCCAGCAAAGCUGCUGACAUUUUAUUAGCAUUAUUAUUUGACAGAGUAAACUUGUUCCUCUUCCCCUGAAGGACUUUACUAUCUGGUCAUCCCACCCUCUUCAGAGUCAACUGCACAUUUGGGGGCAGUGGGGGGGACAUUGGCAGGACCCUGUGUCUUACCCCUCCCUCUGGCCUGGGGGCCACUCUGGUUCUGCCAAGGUUGCUCGCCCACCCCCGCUGCUCUGACAGCUGCUGCCUGACUUGGGGUCUCCGCCCUUCCUCUCUGUGCCCUCUGCCCCAGGGGGGACACCUGCAUGUACUGGGGGUGGGCAGCCGGGCCAGCCAUAGAGGGAGGAGCCCCUCUGCCACCUGCUUUGUGCCUCUGAAGCUCCCCCUCCUUGCUCAAGGCCUCAGACCAGCCAUCCUCUGUGGAGCACCCCCAUCCCAGCUGAACCAAACCCGAACUCGGGGGGCCAGGCCAGACUGCCCCACAGGACCCUGGGGUUGUGACACGGAGGGGCAGUGGAUAAACCUAAUCCAAAGGUGAGCCAGGACUGGUCACGGACCCCGCCUCCUGUGCCAUGUACUCCCGGAGCCGCGUUAGACAUAGUCCAAGCUUUGCCGAGAAAAUAAAUGUAUUACUAUAUUUGACGACAUAAAAUCUAUAUAUUUUUCACCAUUGGAAUCUAGUCAAGCUGCGUAGCUCCUCUGCUCCUGUCCGCGUCUUGCUGUCUGUGGCCUUCCUACUGUGUCUUAUGUUUUGGUGGACGUGAUCAGCCUGGGGCUGUGUGCUCUGCUCUGUCCCUGUGGCCAGAGGAGCCACGCGUGAAGAGCGUGGACCCAGCGCUAUGGACGCGGUGAGCGGGGCCAGCGUUCUGCUCCCGCUCUGGCCCGAGGCCUUCCCGUCUGGUCACAGGGGCCCUAGCCCACGGCGUGGAGGGUCCUCUCUUUGGAGGGGUCUGGCAGGGCCUUCGAUGGCUUUGCCUCUUCUUUUCAGUGGAGGAGGCGGCUCGCUGCUCUCGGCCUGGGACAGACGCUGGGACCACGUUGGCCGGGGCCCUGGCUCGUGCGUGUGUGAUGUGUGUAUGCUCAGUAUCCGGCAUCUAUGCAAAAGCGGUGGCGCUGCCUGGGCAGCUCUGCGCGGUGGAGGCACAGCGGCCUGCUGGCUCGGGCUCCAGGCCCUGACUGCAGGGCAUAGACAGUGGGGCUGACGACGGGCAAGGCCAGGGGCCGGAGGCCUCCUGCUGAGUGCUCAUCCUCCCAGGCUCCCCUCUUCCUUCCUGCUUAAUACCUCCUCCUGUCUGGCUGUGACCGUCCCCCGGGCCUCCGCUUCCGGAGCAGAAAUCUUUGGGGUCUCCCCUCCCCCCAGCCUGGAGCUGAUUAGACCCUAAGGAGACAAUGUUCCCAGGAACCACCUUCCAGAACUGCUGGUCCCUCGGAAUCUAGCUGCCAGAAGCGGCUCCUCCUAAGUUGCGGGCCCAGGCUGGAGCCCCCGCGCUGUUCCUGUGGUCCAGGCUCAAGCAGGAAUCGGAGUCAGAGGCCAGGACUCUGCUCAGCGAGCUGGCCUCAAGUGGAGUUGAUUCCAAAUAUCUCCCAAGGGGAUUAAUUUAGCUCUCACCGAACACCCUUCCCAGUUGCCACUAGCACAGGGGUACCUGACAGCGCCUUGGGGAGGGGGGUGCAAAUGGGGAGGCCUACAGAGGGGCCUCAGCUCUGUGAACUCAUGACCCCUCUCUGACUGGGGGGGGUGUCCAUGCAAACAAGUCACAGUGCACCCCUAUAUCCAGCCAUGCCCUUGACAGAGAAUUCAGGGGAUACAGGAAGGGGGGGUGGGGGGAGGGGUCUUCACUUUUGUCUCCUUUGUCCUUUUGUUCUGCAGAGUUGUACCUGCAGCAGACAGCUCUGAAUUAAAGCAUGAAAACACAA